AUGGCUGCUCCUCCAGGACAGCCACCUUCUUCUCCGCGAUAUCCUCCUCUUUUCCUCCUCCUCCUCCUCUUCCUCUCCUACCUUCCUCCCCUCCUCUCCCGCCCUCUCAUCCCUCAUCCCUCUAUUAACGUGGCGGUGGUGUUCUGUGGCUCUGCUUACCAGAAUGAAGUCAGGGGUCAUUUGAGCAGAGAGGACUUCGCUGAUCUUCCCCUAGAGGUGAACCCGGUCACUGUUCUGGUUAACGACACCAACCCUCGCGCCCUGCUGACACGUCUCUGUGAAACCAUGGCGACAGAGAAACUGCAUGGGGUCGUGUUUGAGGACGAUGUGGGAUCAGGAGCUGGACCUCAGGUGGCAGAAGUGGCUCAGAUCCUAGACUUCCUGUCGACUCAGACAGCUCUGCCCAUCGUUGGCAUCAGUGGAGGAUCUACCGUUGUCAUACCUCACAAGGCUGAGGGUUCCACGUUUCUCCAGAUGGGUGCCUCCCUGGAGCAGCAGAUCGUCUGCAUGUUCAAGUUGAUGGAGGAGUAUGACUGGGGAGACUUUGUAGUAAUCACCAGCAUGUGGCCGGGAUACGAGACGUUUGUAGACUAUGUCCGAUCCUACACGGACACUUCCUACUUCCUGUGGAGGCUACAAGAUAUCCUGUCUCUGGAGAUGUCCGUCGGAACCAGUGACGUCCGAGCCAAACGCAUGUUACAGCAGAUUGAUUCCCAGGUGCUCCUGGCCUACUGUUCCUAUGAAGAGGCCCAGUACCUGUUCCAGGUAGCAGGGGAGGUGGGUCUACUGGGGCCUGGGUACAUCUGGAUCCUCCCCUCCCUCGCAUUGGGCAACACAGAGAGCCCUCCACCUAUCAGCUUCCCUGUAGGACUGAUUGGCGUCAUCACUGACCACUGGAGGAAGAGCCUGAGGCAACGUGUCAGAGAGGGAGUGGCCAUAGUGGCCAAAGGGGCGGAUAGUUUCAGAAGGCAUCAAGGGUUCCUUCCAGAGGGACACAGCGACUGCAACACACCAGUUACACAUAUCAACAACAACACACUGUUCAGACACAUGCUAAAUGUGACAUGGGAGCGUAAGGACCUGUCGUUCAACAGUGAUGGCUACCUGACCAACCCCUCCAUGGCCAUCAUCGCACUGGACAGAGACAGACUGUGGGACAAGGUGGGAACAUUAGAGCGGGGUAUCCUCCAGGUGCGUUACCCGGUGUGGCCACGCUAUGGCAGUUUUCUGGAGACGGUAUCAGAUGACCGCCACCUGACGGUAGCCACUCUGGAGGAGAGGCCCUUCGUCAUCGUAGAAAACGUGGACCCCGACACGGGCACCUGUGUACGCAAUACCGUGCCUUGCCGACGCCAGUCCAACCGCACCGAGAGUAUUGUGGGCCACUCGGAGCCCUACAACAAGCUCUGCUGUAAGGGAUUCUGUAUAGACAUUCUGAAGAAGCUGUCUCGCACCAUUAAGUUCUCCUACGACCUCUACCUGGUCACUAACGGGAAACACGGAAAGAUGAUCAGUGGCAUCUGGAACGGCAUGAUCGGAGAGGUGUUCUAUAGGAAAGCAGACAUGGCCAUAGGUUCUCUCACCAUAAAUGAGGAGCGUUCUGAGAUCAUCGACUUCUCCGUGCCCUUCGUUGAGACGGGCAUCAGCGUCAUGGUUGCCCGUAGCAAUGGGACUGUCUCCCCCUCCGCCUUCCUUGAGCCCUAUAGCCCAGCGGUGUGGGUGAUGAUGUUUGUAAUGUGCCUGACCGUGGUCGCUGUGACUGUAUUCGUGUUUGAGUACUUCAGUCCUGUCGGGUACAACCGAAGCUUGGUCAGUGCCAAAGCGCCCGGAGGUCCUACCUUCACCAUAGGGAAGUCAGUGUGGCUACUGUGGGGCAUCGUGUUCAAUAACUCAGUCCCCAUUGAGAACCCUAAAGGCACAACCAGUAAGAUCAUGGUGUUGGUGUGGGCCUUCUUCGCUGUCAUCUUCCUGGCCUCCUACACUGCCAACCUGGCUGCCUUCAUGAUCCAGGAGCAGUACAUAGACACUGUGUCUGGACUGUCUGACAAGAAGUUCCAGAAGCCUCAGGAGCACUACCCUCCAUUCCGUUUUGGUACGGUCCCUAACGGCAGUACAGAGAGGAACAUCAGAAGUAACUACCCUGACAUGCAUGCACACAUGGUCAAAUACAACCAGAAAGGAGUGGAGGAUGCCCUCAACAGCCUCAAGACAGGGAAGCUGGACGCAUUCAUCUAUGAUGCUGCGGUGUUGAACUACAUGGCAGGGAAAGAUGAGGGCUGUAAGCUUGUGACUAUCGGCUCUGGGAAAGUGUUUGCCACGACAGGCUAUGGUAUAGCCCUGCAGAAAGAUUCCAGAUGGAAACGACCCAUUGACCUGGCCUUGCUGCAGUUCCUGGGAGACGGUGACACCCAGCGCUUGGAGACGGUCUGGCUGUCAGGCAUCUGUCAGAAUGAGAAGAACGAGGUGAUGAGUAGUAAGCUGGACAUAGAUAACAUGGCCGGGGUCUUCUACAUGCUACUGGUGGCCAUGGGGCUCAGUCUCUUGGUGUUUGCCUGGGAACAUCUACUCUACUGGAAACUACGCAAGAAACUAGACAAGUCUCCUCGCAUGGACUUCCUGCUCGCUAUCAGCAGGGGAAUCUACAGUUGCUUCAACGGGGUGGAGGAACCAGACCACCCUAACCUGGCAAACUCAGAUCUGACAACUAACUACGCCCAGGCUAACAUGCUUAAGAUGUUACGCACCGCUAAAGACCUGGUCAACUCUGCCCAGGUCGAGACCUCACUGGACCAUGCCACCAAGACCAUAGAACACUGGGGUCGCCAUGGCGGCAACCUGCCAGUCCACAUUCCGCAGCAGGUCACCACGGAAAUGGUUCCAGGAGGGUUUUCUCAUGUCACAGAGAACACACACACACACCUGUCCCCCGAGCACCCCCUCAUCCCGCAAUACUGCACGCUGGGUGUAGUGACUUCUCUGAACAGGCAGAAGGGGCUGGCGAGACCCACGCCCCUACGAUACACGCUCCCGGCUCGCACUUCCUCCCUCUACGACAGACCACUUUCUGUUUCUAGUCUCAGUAGCCCUCACCUUGACCUGGCUGGAGGGGACCCCCUCUCUUCCUACUCUCAACCCUCCACAGGUAGGCUGUAUGUGGAGCCCCAGCACAUCUCCCACCCCCGCUCUCCUUUCAUCCCCUAUAGUGAGCUUCAGCUGCCAGACAUCUACCCCUCCUCUCACCACCCCUCAGCCAUCUCCCAUCCAUCCCACACAGAACCCUCCAGGAAGAAUAGGAGGAGCAAGAGCCUCCUCUCAGGGGAAUCAGGAGGAGGAGAGUGGAGGAGGCGUAGGGAGGAGAAGACGGUGUGUCUGGGUGAACUCCGGGCCAACCACCUCCAGGAGAACAACGUCUCGCCCCAGAUGCCCGACUCCCUGUACCCAGGAACGAUGCUCUGUCCUGGGGUAGAAGGCUGCGUUGGCUCCUGGCCUCUUCCCCUCGAAGAGCUGGUUCUGGCAGGCAGACCGAGGCUCCACCGACGGCCAUCUUUCCUCCGAGCAACCUGGGGGAGUGAGCGGAUUCUCCAGCCGGACGAAACUCUGCCUACAUCCCUUGAUUGCCAAUCACAUUCUGCUUUACCAGACCUGUUCCCCUGCGUCAUGGCCGACCAAGAAACUCCCACUAAACUCUACAACCCCGCCCCUCUCCGGAACAACCUAUGCUACCCUGCCACCUCAACUCGCCAGCAUGCGUAUCUCCAUAUAAGGCAGGACCAGAGGAAAGGGAACGGACGUAAGAAGCUGCGGUACUCAAACUCCACCCACCUGCCCACCUACAGGGAGGCCAUGCUGGGGGGUCAAGGAGGCGGAGGGGGGGUAGGCCUUGGGGGGGUCCGGAGAGCCACCAACCUGCUCAGCAGACAGUACUCCCACUAUCUAACCUCCUACCCUGGGCUGCCUCUCUACCAUGGUCCCCUGGACCUUCAGGCCCAUUCCCAGGCAUCCAGCAACCACGCCAGCCCCAGCCCCGGUACAUACCCUAGUCCCAGUCCAGUAUGCCAGCUCCUGCCCUGUGGUGGCUUUCGAGGCCAGAGGGGGUUGCUGUACCAGGACAGUCUGUAUGGAGCCUAUGGGGCCAAUGGAGCCUACCGAGAGGACCAGGAUCCGGGCUUAGAGCCCCAGAGAGGAGAUACAUCAGUAGGUUUGAGGUCUGAGGACAGAUCCUGUGUGACCCAGCCCUGGGGACGCGUGUCUAGUCUGGAGUCAGAGGUCUGA